AUGUUGUCUGCCGUCGGCCUUGGCCUCCGUGCCUUUCUCCUGCUCACCGCCUCUGUGGUCCUCGGCCUCUCCGUCUCUCUGGCUAAGCAGCAGGUUGUUGGAUCAGUGCCUACUGAGACUGGCUUCAGCGUUUUCGCAGGAGCCACUGCGUUCUUUGUAUCCUCUGUUGGCAUGGCAGCAAUGUGGUUCGAUCGCCUCGACCAGAGAAUCACGAUGAUUCUUGACCUGCUUGUGUCCACUUUCUACCUGGCAGCUGCUGUUGCCCUCACGGUGGCCUUGAAGCCAGUAACAAGUUGCACUGCAACUGACCAGGUCGCCGAGUACAACAGAAUGACCAACAAGAUCACCAGUGGUGGCUGCCUGACUAUUGAGGGGGAGUUGGCUUGUUUACAUGCAACCAGUUCUGAUGGCACUGACCUCACCCCAAGUCGUUGCAAGAUGGCGCGUGCUGGGUAUAUCUUCGAGUACAUCGGAUUCACCGUCGGCAUUGCAAUGAUUACUGCUGGUUACCUACUAAGCCGUCAAGGCCGUGGUGGCACGCCAACUCCCAACAGAUCCUACCAGUGA